AUGCAAUACACGGAAGUUAAGAGACCGCCGCGAACAGGAAGGCGUACGGGUCAGGCUACUCCUGGUAAUCCUGUAGAGAAAAGUCGUAGUUGUCCCGAAGAGAAUCUUCUGUCUGGUUUGCAUGCGGCAUUCGUUGCAGUGGUGGUUUCAUUCGCGGGGUGGCUGUUGUGGUGGUGGAAUGAGUUGUGGUAUGCUGUGCCGCAUAAUCGCCGCCAAACUGAUGGUGGAGCAAAGCUCCCUCCGGGGUAUAUGGGAUUGCCGUUUUUCGGAGAGAUGAUGACUUUUCUUUGGUACUUCAAGAUUCUUCGCCGCCCUGAUGACUACAUCAACUCCAAACGUCGCAAGUAUGGGGAUGGAGUAGGACUGUAUCGAACGCACCUCUUCGGUUCACCGGCAAUCAUAGCUUGCACACCAUCGGCCAACAAAUUCGUGUUGCAAACAGAAUCGAGCUUUCUGUUAGUGUGGCCUUCGUUGGAAAUUGUGGGGGCCACAUCUCUCGUAGCAGUUGAAGGUGCUUCACAUACAAGGGUUCGAAACUUUGUCGUAAGAGCCAUCAAUCAACCCGAUUCUCUACGUAAGAUCGCUCUUAUGGUGCAGCCUCGUGUAAUCGCCGCCCUCGAUUUAUGGUCUCAAAAGGGUCGAGUCACAGUCUUCAACGAAGCCAAGAAGGUCACAUUUGAAAAUAUCGGCAAGUAUUUUGCUAGCUUUGAGCCGGGCCCCGUUUUGGAUACCCUCGACGAGUUAUUUAAAGGCCUACUCGACGGAUUUAGAGCUUAUCCACUCAAUUUUCCCGGAACUACUAUGCACCGUGCCCUCCAGUGUCGAGAGAAAGCAAUGGCGAUAUUUAGAGAAGAAUUGGAGAAGAGGAAGAAAUUCGGUGUCGGAAAAGAUAAAUUCGAUUUAAUGGAAGGGCUGAUGGAAGUGAAGGACGAAGAGGGUAAACAAUUGUCCGAUAUCGAAGUGCUCGAUAAUAUAGUCAGCCUUAUUGUUGCGGGAUAUGUUUCCACUUCUCUUGCUAUUAUGUGGGCUUUCUAUUAUCUCGCUAAGUUUCCACACGUUCUCGACAAACUUCGGGAAGAGCAUAUGCCGAUAGCCAAGAAACGAAACGGAGACUUGAUCACGUACGAAGAUAUUGCGUCGUGCAAAUAUACGAGUAGGGUGGUGGAGGAAAUUAUUCGACUGGCGAAUAUCGCGGCGUUUUUUUUCAGGACAGCAAAUAAAGACGUCGAGUACAAAGGGUAUAAAAUUCCCAAAGGAUGGAAGGUUAUAUGCUGGGUUCGAUACCUUCACACGAAUCCCGAUAAUUUUGAGGAUCCCAUGUGCUUUAAUCCAGAUAGAUGGAAUGAAGCAGCAAAGCCAGGAUCAUAUUUAGUGUUUGGAGGAGGAUCAAGAAUAUGUGCUGGGAAUAUGCUUGCUCGUUUACAAGUCUCUGUUUUCCUUCAUCAUUUGGCUGUAGGAUAUAGAUGGGAAUUGGUGAAUCGUGACGCGGGAAUGACGUAUCUUUCACAUCCGAAACCAAACGACGGCGUUGAGAUUGAUAUUAGCAAAAUUUAACGGGCGAAAAAAAUAUUGUUGUUUUGGCUUUUACUAUUGUUGCUUUGGUAAAAAUUACAUUUUUAGAGGUAUAUUUCAUGGAAUAAAAAAAAAUAUGUUAAAAGUAAUUCCGUAGGGGGCCGGGAUUGCAUAAGAAUUAAGACGACAACAUAUCUCAGAAGAAUUUUCGUUAUUACUCAAAUAUGAGGGGAAUUUUCGUGAUUAGACUUUAUCUCUACUUUAAUCUUGUUGAAUAGUUAUCUUGCACUAAAUCAAUUUUCUUUUAGUUGCUUU